AUGUGGUGGCAAUGGGUGGGGGUGUUGGAGGUGGUGGGGGGAGGUCUUGGUGGUGGUUCUGGGGUUGGGGGCGGUGUUGGAGGGGGAGCAGGAGGGGGUGUAGGCGGUGCUGGCUUUGGUGGAGGGGGAGGAGGUGGUGGUUUAGGUCAGGGUGGAGGUUUUGGAGCUGGGGGAGGUUUAGGUGGUGGAGGUGAAGGUGGUGGUGUGGGAGGUGGAGCUAUUAGCAGUUUUGGAGGAGGAGGAGGUGGUGGUGGUGUAGGUGGAGGAUCAGGUCAAGGUGGUGGGUUUGGUGUAGGCAGAGGUGUUGGAGGUGGUGGUGGUGCAGGAGAAGGUGGCAGCGGAGGCCGUGGUGGAGGAUUUGGAGUUGGAAUUGGCAUUGGCAUUGGAGUUGGAACUGGUGUUGGUGUUGGUGCAGGCCAGGGAUUCAGCAGUGGUGGUGGUGGACGUUGA